GCUCAGAACAAGCACACAUCUCUCCAUCAUGGCUGCCACCUGGACCCUGGAGGACGACAUGUCCUGCCCUGUGUGCUGCGAUGUUUUCACUGACCCUGUYGUGCUGGGCUGCAGCCACAGCUUCUGCAGGAGCUGCCUGGARAGCUACUGGAACACMCAGGUCAUCAAAAAGUGCCCCGUCUGCCGCCACCAUUCCCUAACCGACGCUCCACCCAGUAACCUGGCUCUGAGGAACAUCGUGGAGACCUUUGCGAGGGAGAGGAGCCACAAUACCACCAAGCAGGAGGAGACGAGAGAYGGGGAGAAGGAGAGCCAGGGAAGGAGGGAGUCAGGAMGGAGGAGUGGGUUGGUACGGGAUGGGGAUGAAAGGUGCYGUCUCCAUMGGAAGAGGUUGUUGUUGUUCUGUGUGYAGGACKAGGAGGCUCUGUGUGCGGUGUGUCAGACCUCCAGGAGACACAGGAGCCAUCAGCUCUGCCCUGUGGACGAGGCUGCUCAGGAACUCAAGGAGGAAGUGAAAGCAUCUAUCAUCCCUCUGAGGAGGAAGUUGGAGACAUUCCAAAAGUUGAAGGAGGAUUGCAUGAAAACAGCAGAACACAUCAAGAGCCAGGCCAAGCAAACAGAAAGGAAGAUAAGAGAUGAGUUUGUGGAGCUGCAUCAAUUCCUGCGUCUGGAGGAAGUUGUCCGGCUGUCUGCCCUCUCUGAGGAGGUGGAGAUGAAGACAGUUAUAAUGGCAGAGAAGAUUGAACACCUGGCCAAAAAGAUGACCUCCCUGACCAGCAACAUCAGAGAGAUAGAACAGGAUAUAGAGGCAAACGACCUUCCAUUUCUCCAGGCUUACAAGAACAACAAAGCAAGGGCCAACUGUACAUUGCAGGAUCCAGAGCCUGUAUCAGGGGCAUUGAUCGAUGUGGCCCAACACCUGGGCAAUCUGAGGUUCAAGAUCUGGGAGAAGAUGCAGGAGAAGGUGCAAUACACCCCAGUGACUCUGGACCCCAACACUGCGGCCCCCUGGCUCUCUCUCUCAGACGACCUGACCAGUGUGUGCGUCAGUGGAGAGAAGCAUCACGUCCCCAACAACCCAGAGCGCUGUGACACGUGUGUUUGCGUGCUGGGGGCCGACCCCUUCAGUUCCGGCAGUCACUUUUGGGAGGUGGAGGUGGCGGGUAAGACCAGAUGGGACCUGGGGGUCCUGAGAGAGAGUGUGCGUAGGAAAGGGGUCCUGAGUGUGAACCCUGUCCACGGGUUCUGGGCCCUGUCACUGAGGGACGGCGGCCAGUACAGCYCCUGCACCAUGCCCUGGACCCGUCUCACUCUGAAGAGGAGGCCCAGGAGGGUCAGAGUGUGUCUGGACUAUGAUGCGGGAGAGGUGACUUUCUAUGACCCCACUGACAUGUCACUCAUCUAUACAUUCAGGGACAKGUUUAAAGAGCCAUUGUUGCCCUACCUCUGUCCCUGUGUGAGUGACAGCGGCCGCAAUGCUGAGCCACUAAAGAUAUGCCCUGCCAAAGUGUCAUUGGUUCAUGAUGUUGGUGAGAAAGUURUGUAGAUUACAAUAUGUAUUUUUUAGAGGAGACAUUGCUAAUGCAUCCAUAUGUCUCACUAUCUAUUAUUAACACAAUGGAUGUAUAUUUUCUAUAUAUAUAUAUAUAUGUUUGGGUAUAUGUGAAUGGAACAAUUCUUAUCCUAUAUAAUAUCAUAAGUCAUAUUUUCUUGGUGUGUGUCAAAUGGCAAGAUAAAUUAAACAAAAAAUGUGAUCAUUACUUAAUAUUAGUGUUAAUAUUCUGUAAGACUUGUUCUAAAUGCUUAUGAAUGAUCAUGCUUAUAAAUGCUUA